CGAAAUCUAUAUUUUGGAAAUAAAUUAUUCUUAUUAAAUCACGUUUGUGCUCCGACAUCAUUCAUCUGUAGAGAGCAAUAUCCAUAAUAAUCUACAUCUGUAAGAAGUGAGUGAUGAUAUUCAGCCAGCGCGCGCGCGCGCGCGUCAGUGACGUCAGUGUGUGUGUGUGAGUGUGUAUAAAGUCUGCGAACUGAUGGAGGAUCUCCAGAAAGCAGCAGCUCGAGACACUUCAGUGGUUUGCUUCCAUCAGACCGCGCUAAUGUACUCGAUGAUGAUGUUCCGCGCGCUUUCGUCCGUUGUGCUGGUGUGUGUGUGCGGUGUGUGUGUGUGUGUGAGCGCGGAGAGGCAGGAGUUACCGAGAGACUUCGGAGUGAAGCUGUGCGGGCGCGAGUUCAUCAGAGCCGUGAUCUUCACCUGCGGGGGCUCGCGCUGGAGGAGAGACAGUCCCUGGUCCGUGGAUGGAGGUGUGCCGUUUCUCUGGUCUCUCCGGCUGGACACGAUGACCUCUGACCGCAGGAAGAGGAACUUCUCGCUGGGACUGGCGGGAAUGUGCUGUAAUCAGGGCUGCACAAAAAACGACAUCGGCCGCCUGUGCUGAGAAUCAUCGAUGAAGAUGACGAUGAUGAAGGACGUGCACUGAACUGUCAGAUCCAGUGCUUUCAGUUGUAUUUAUUUCCUUUGACCACAACAAUAAAAGUCCACGUCUUGAUUGC